AUGACAGGUGGUAUAUAUUGCCGGGAAAGACUUCAGUACCUCCAUUGUAUCACCUGGGCACCCCAGGAUUCUCACAAUCCUCUCCACGGGAAAGAAGAGGGAGUUCCACCAUGUCUCAUUGGGCCUCAGGAGCUGAAGUUUGCAUUUAUCCUGUGUGACUUCAGCAGCUGUGGCUCCAAAGACGACAUUGCCCUGAUGGUUCUGCCAAGCCUGAUUCCACCUGCAGUCUUCAGAAUGGGCCGAAAGACCGUGAGGACUACAUUGUCUGACGCCAUCAAGGCCUUCAUCGAUCUUAAGCCUGUGAGUAGUCCUAGACUCACGCAGCCCCUUGGAUCUAGUGAUGCAGGUCGGAUGGUGGAGUACCUUCAGGCAGCAGACCAGGCCAUACCCCUGCACCCUGGUGUUGGGAGGCGAGGACUGCUGCUCACAGCCAUUCACCGUUCUCAGUGGGCCCUGGAGCACAACAGCGUUGUCCAAGCUCCUACACUCGAUUCGACAGGUGUUAGUCCUGCCGGAACGAUUCCGCUGCAUCCGUGCCGAAGGAGAAUGUUAACGAGCUGCAACUCGACCGAGUGCGUUGAGCCGGUGACUUCAUGUAACGAGACGCUAGUCCUGGUUAUCAACACCGGAGGAACCAUCGGGAUGACUGAAUCACCUUCAGGGCUUGUCCCAGAACCCAAUGCAUUUGUGAAGAACCUACGCAAGUUCCCUAUGUUCUACGAUAAGGACUAUGCCGAGAAGACCCAUCUGGUUGAGCAUUAUGGAGAUAAGACCCUGGUCUUGCCGUCAAGUAAAAUCGGAAAGAGGAUAGUCUACACUUUUUUAGAGUACAACCCUCUGCUGGACUCCUCUAAUAUGACCCCAGAAGACUGGGCUAAAAUCGGAAAGGACAUUGAGAAAAACUAUGAAAGCUAUGAUGGUUUUGUGAUCCUCCAUGGCACAGACACUAUGGCUUACACAGCCUCUGCCCUGUCCUUCAUGUGUGAACAUUUGGGCAAACCGAUCAUUGUCACUGGAUCACAGGUGCCGAUCUAUGAGUUGAGGAAUGAUGGCAGAGACAACCUUCUGGGGGCGCUGCUGAUUGCUGGCCAGUUUGUCAUUCCUGAGGUGUGUCUGUACUUUUACAACAAACUCUACAGAGGGAAUCGUACGACCAAGGUGGAUAGUGGGAGUUUCAAUGCAUUCGCCUCUCCUAACAUGACCCCUUUGGCCACUACUGAAGUGGACAUUACAAUCAACUGGGAUACGGUGUUGAGGCCAAGCACCACAACAAAGUUUCAAGUCAGCCCAGAGAUGAACAGAAACGUGGGCCUGCUCAGGCUGUUCCCAGGGAUCACCACUGAUACUGUAAGGGCUUUCCUGCAGUCGCCCAUGGAGGGUGUGGUCAUGGAGACCUACGGCAGUGGAAAUGCCCCCGAUAACCGACCCGACCUGUUGGAUGUGCUGAAGAAGGCUACCGACUCUGGUGUCAUCAUCAUGAACUGCACCCAGUGUCUGAGAGGGCAUGUGUCUGUGGCUUACAAGACUGGCCAGAAAUUGGAGGAUGCAGGACUGUUAGCUGGCAGUGACAUGACUCCAGAGGCUGCCCUUUCAAAGCUGUCCUACGUAUUGGCCAAGAAAAAAAUAAGUCUUGAUGAGAAGAAAAAGAUGAUGUCUCAGAACCUGCGAGGUGAGAUGAGUCCCGACAUAGCAGGAGCCAAGCUGUGUCUGAGAGACAGGCGUUUCAUCAAGGUCAUCGCCAAGUCUCUUAGCACCAGCUGCAAGGAGGAGCUGGAAGCCAUCCGUGAUGCCCUGACUCCCACACUGGCAUGUGCUGCAGCUAAGAACGGAGACAUAGAGGCCUUGGAAGCCCUAAAGGAAAUGGGCAGUUACUUUUCUCUGGGUGACUAUGAUGGACGUACACCCCUACAUGUUGCCGCCUGUGACGGCAAACUCAAACUGGUGGAGUACCUACUGCUUAAUGGAGCUACAGUCUAUGCUAAAGAUCGCUAUGGGGACACACCCCUAAGCAACGCUGUACGCUUCAGGAACAAGGAGGUUGUGAAGCUGCUGAGAAAGACUGGAGCCCACUUCACCAAAGAUGAGUUGGAUGAAGCAGGAAACGAACUGUGCAGCCUGGCAGCCAGCGCUGACCAGGAUGGCCUGGAAAUCUGGAGUCUUGCCGGAGCUGAUCUGAAUAAACCAGGCUACGAUGGACGGGUAGCAAUGGAAGUGGCCCAGGCUGUUGGCAAUCAGCAAGUGGUGGCAUUUUUAGUCCAACUGAAAGCCAAGAUAACCACUAGUUAG